AUGUUUGGCCCAACAACGUCGACGAGUACAUCAUUUGGGGGAUUUGGAGCUGGAAAUGCAAACACAGGUGGAGGCGGACUAUUCGGUGCCAAGGCCGGAUCCGUAGGCUCAGCGCCAAGCGGUGGCCUAUUUGGACAAUCAAAUACACAACAGCAGCAACCACAACAACAAAAUACAUCUGGAGGUUUGUUUGGCAGUAAACCUGCAGGAAGUACAGGUGGUGGAUUAUUCGGACAACUGACCCAGCAACAACCUUCAUCUAGUGGCGGGCUUUUUGGACAACAAAAUCAGCAGCAGCAGCAGCAGCAGCAACCGACCGGAGGUGGGUUAUUUGGAGGGUCGCUGAAUAGCAACACCAGUGGAGGAUUAUUUGGGAAAUCGAGUACUACGUCGGGUGGUUUAUUUGGGGGAAAUUCGAAUCCCCAGCAAAGUGGUGGGAUAGUUGGUGGCGGGACCAACACCAAUCAAUCGAGUGGUGGUGGCUUGUUUGGUGCCAAUAAUACAAACACACAACCAAGUGGCGGGUUGUUUGGCUUUAAUAACAAUCAAUCAACUGGAGGAUUAUUUGGAAGUAAACCAGCAGUAGGAGUAGGAGGAGGACUUUUUGGUCAAACCUCGCAGCAGCAGCAACAGCAGCAGCAACAACAACAGCAGCAGCAACAACAGCAGCAGCAACAACAACAACAAUCAUAUACGGGUACCCACUUAACUGCCUUGACAAGAGUGGGUGACCUUCCCCCAGACAUCAAGAAUGAGUUACAGCAACUUGACACAUACAUAAACACACAACAUCUAAUUGCUACAACAUUGAAUUCAGAUUUAACCAAACACGACGAUUUAAUCAACACCAUUCCUAGGGACAUAACAUACUUGCAAAAUAAAUUAUUGUCUACCAAGCAAGCUCUCAAGUUUGAUACCAAUCAACUACAAGAUCUAAAAAGUAUGAAUAGUGAAAUCACUGACGAUAUAAACAACAUCAUGCAGUUGAUCAUUCAAUUGAGCACACCUGGAACGAAAUUAUCAAGCUCGUAUCAGUUGAAUGAGUUUUUCAUAAAAAAGAUCAAAAAGUACUAUGAGGUGCUCAACAUUUACGAGGAGACAAUUAAUGAAUUGGAAAGCGUGCUAAAUGGAUUAGAGAGAAACUGUAAUGAAGGGUUUGGAAGUUUGGCUAGUAUAGUGCAAGUCAUUAAAUCACAGUACGCUUUAUUUAUGGACCUAUGUGAGACCAUGGCACAAUUACAUAAUGAGAUUAAUAGGCAAAGGGGAACGAAUGAUGAAAAGAAGGACAAAAAGAAGAGAAAGAAACCAGCUAUUGUCCCAACUUCGAAUAUUAUAAUCUCCAAGUCAAAACAGCAUCUCCCUACCCCGAAUCGCGAUGACAAUUCCAUACUUGACGACAGCUUCGACAACGACGAAACUAAGCCCGUAAUAGUCGAGAAUAUCAAAGAGAAUAAAGGUUUCAAGAGAAUAGACAAUAAGCCACUAGCGAGAUCACCCACACAAGAACAAUCAGUUACGUCCACAAAAUCAACCAUCCCCCCACAAUUGAAUACCGUAUAUCGAGACGCUUCAGGGCGAAUAAUUGACAUAAAUGAAGCCAAGCUCGAUUUCGAAAAGCGUAAGCAGGAGACUAAAGAGCAACAGCAACGGAUCGAAGUUCGUACUUCUACCCAAGAUCAACAACAUCAGGAAUCGGUCAAGUUCAGGAACAAGCUCGACGACAACUUUGAAGACCCGUUAAAUAUCUUUCAAGAGGAUGUCACAACAGACAAGGUGGAGCAUGAGGACACGCUGCGAUCGCAAUUCACUUAUAAUAAAGGUGUUAAUCCAAGAAAUCGAUUCGAUAUACCUGCCGGGUUCUUUUGGGAUGGUAUUGACCGGUCCAAUGGGUUUGAAGAGUUGAUGUUGAGAAAGAUUGAUGCAAAGAGUUACCAAAAAAUGGAAGUGAAAAUGAGCCAAGAUUAUGAAUUGGAUUUUGAUCUAGAGUAG